GGGUGGGGGCAGCGGCUCUUCCUUGUGACGGAUAUCCAGAACCGCAGUGGCCGCCCUCUCUACACACUCCUCAUCCCACAACCGGCCGACACUCCGCCCUGCUCUGAGAGUUGAAUGGAAGCAUCACUGAUUGAGUGAAUGAGUCCCAGUGCUCUGUUGGCAGCAACCGAGUGCCCCUCUGGGCCCCUGACCCCUGGCACCAUGUCUGGCUCCUACGAGGAGGCCGCCCCAGGGCUGGAGGAGACCACCGAUAGCUUCUGGGAGGUGGGGAACUACAAGCGGACGGUGAAGCGGAUUGAUGACGGACACCGGCUCUGCAACGACCUCAUGAGCUGCCUGCAGGAGCGCGCCAAGAUCGAGAAGGGCUACGCACAGCAACUCACCGACUGGGCCCGGCGCUGGCGCCAGAUCAUCGAGAAAGGCCCUCAAUACGGCAGCCUGGAGCGGGCAUGGGGCGCGAUGAUGACGGAGGCAGACAAGGUGAGUGAGCUGCACCAGGAGGUGAAGAACAGCCUGCUGAGCGAUGCCCUGGAGAAGGUCCGCGCCUGGCAGAAGGAGGCUUAUCACAAGCAGAUCAUGGGCGGCUUCAAGGAGACCAAGGAGGCUGAAGACGGCUUCCGGCGGGCGCAGAAGCCCUGGGCUAAGAAGAUGAAGGAGCUGGAGGCGGCGAAGAAGGCGUACCAUCUGGCCUGCAAGGAGGAGAAGCUGGCCGUGACCCGUGAAGCCAGCAGCCGGGCGGAGGCAUCGGUGGGCGGGGACCAGCAGAGGAAACUGCAGGACAAAGUGGACAAGUGCAAACAGGAUGUGCAGAAGACCCAGGAGCGGUACGAGAAGGUCCUAGACGAGGUGAGCAAGGUGACCCCAGCGUAUACGGAGGGCAUGGAGCAGGUGUUUGAGCAGUGUCAGCAGUUCGAGGAGAAGCGGCUGAUGUUCCUGAAGGACGUCCUGCUAGACAUCAAGCGCCAUCUCAACCUGGCCGAAAACAGCAGCUAUAUCCUCGUCUACCGAGAGCUGGAGCAGACCAUCCGGGCAGCGGAUGCUCAAGAGGACCUCAGGUGGUUCCGCAGCACCAGCGGCCCUGGCAUGGCCAUGAACUGGCCCCAGUUUGAGGACUGGAACCCAGAACUGACCCACACCGUCCCCAAGAAGGAGAAGGUGGCCAAGAAGAAUGAGGGGGUGUCGCUGACCAAUGCCACGGCGGGGGUAGAGUCUGCAGCCCAGGCUGGAGAUCGGGGCAGCGUCAGCAGCUACGAGCGGGGCCAGCCCUACGCUGCCGAGUGGUCCGACGACGAGGGCGCCAACCCCUUCGGGGCAGGCGAGGCCAACGGGGGUGCCAACCCGUUUGAGGAUGACGCGAAGGGGGUCCGGGUGCGGGCCUUGUACGACUAUGACGGGCAGGAGCAGGAUGAACUCAGCUUCAAAGCGGGAGACGAGCUGACCAAGCUGGGCGAGGAGGAUGAACAGGGCUGGUGCCGAGGCCGCCUGGACAGCGGUCAGCUGGGCCUCUACCCCGCCAACUACGUGGAGUCCAUCUAGCUGAGGGGCCUCCCCUGCCCCCGACCUCCAUCCCCCGCCAGGCUCCCACUCCCCCCCAUCCCGACUCCACCUCCCCCAUCGCCCUCCCACCCCCGCUCCAUAGAGUCCAGACAUAUUUUCCAAUCAAGCUUUUAUUUUUUUAAAAGUCGUCUUGGGAAGAAAAAAACAAAAAACAAAAAAACAAAACCGAGGAUUGGCAGGAGAGCAGUGCAGAGGCCGAGGUGGGGUGAGGGGUGAAGGGGUGCUCGGGGUGCCACCCUGGUUUCCUGGAGUGCGGAGAGCCGGAAGGACUCCAGCUGUGCCCAUCCCACCAACGAGGACCUCCUGGGCCCCCAACCUCUCCGUCCCGGGGUCCCUCUCCUGUCCCCAGGUCCCCUUCCCCACUGUCUCCUCCCAGAACUCUUAGCACUAAGACUUCCCUCUUCCAGGCCCCGUGGUUUUCCUGCCCAGUCUCCUUGCUCUCUGCCAGCUCCAGCCAACCUUCCCCUUCCAGGCUCCAAACAGCAAAGGCCCCUCCUCAGAGCCUGUUUCCCUCCCACCGAGGCUCUCCAAGAUCCCCCAGCCUCCCUUCUCCAAAGCCGGGGGAAGGGGACGGCCAGGGAAUGAUGGGACAAGCCAGGCAUCUAGAAGCAGUCUGGGGGCCAGCGAUCCCUUGAGUCCAGCCAUUCUGACCCCAGAAGGGUAAAGUCUGUGCCUAGAGAGGGGCUAGGGGAAUCAGGAGAGGCUAGCUGAAUCUUUGAGCUAGUAGUGGACCUCAGCCCCCUACUUUCUCUUUCCUCAGUUGCUGCAGUGUUCAAUCCUGCCUAGGGGCCAGAGGGAACCCCCGCCACUUAGACCCCAGGCCCCAGGCCUGUCCUCAGAGAAACAACCAGUCGCGAUGACCGGCAGCUGGGAUGAUUGGCAGCUGGGGAGAUCUGAAGCAGGGGAGGAGGCCAGUUCUCAGUUUCCAUCCGGACCCCUCCCAGGAGGCAGGAAGAGUUAUUUCUGGCUCCAUUUUCCUGCCUCCAGGUGUCACUUGUCUAUUCCCUGUCCCUCUGCUCUCCAAGGUGUUUAUGGCCCACCCCCUGCCCCUCUGCUCCUCCAGAUUUUCAGGACCCAUCCCCUGCCCUUCUGCUCCCUAGGUAUCUGCAGCCCAUCCCCUGGCCCUCUGCUCCCCUAAGUGUCUGAGGCCCAACCCCUGGUGCUCUGCUCCCCCCUGCCCCUCUACUCCUCUGGGUAUCCACGGCCCAUCCCCUUCCCCGCUGCUCCCCUGCCGGUGUCCCCAGCCCAUCCCCAGCCCCUCUGUUUCUGACUCUGAGGAGGCAUUGGUGGUAGGCUGCCCCAUCCUGUAGGAGCAGUGAGUUAGCAGUUGGCUUGCCCGUGGCUGGUCCCGCAGGGCAGGGAUUGGCAUCCUGUCAUUAAGGUAAUGGCUGCUGCUUUUCCCAUGGGCAAAUUUGGCUGUCCCUCCUCCGUCCUUCUCUCCAUUGCCCUUCAGCCCUUGCCCUCUCCCAGUUGCAGGCGGGGCACAAAACCUGGGAUUUGGUCACCCACAGAAGGGUGUGUUCCUUGGCACUGGGGGGCUGUAACCAGAGUGAAGGGUGUGAGGGUUUGGGGAGCUCCUACCAUCCCCAUCCUCUCCCAAUCCCACCCCAGCUAAGAAUGCCAGGGACACCUUUACUUGGGAGCAAAAUCUCUAGUUCCACCGCUGCCUAUGGGGGUGGGGAGGUGGGUGGGAGAGGGAGAUGGAUGGGCUCUGAAGCCAUCAUUCUCCAUGAGAGACAAGGCCCCAGGGUAGUGGCACGGGAAGGGAAGAGGGCAGGAGACGGGGCAGGUGCUUCUUCUCUUCCUUUUCUCUUCCCU